CGGGGUACUCUGAAGCUGAGAGUUCAGAAAAAGAAAUUAAAAAAAAGUAUAUAUAUAUAUAUAACUGACGGGCCACGUCACUGUGUAGAAUCUUUGUGGAUGCCUCUGUAUCCCUAUCAAUUUCCUUUCGGUAAUACUUGAUUUUCCUUUUUCCUCGCGUAUACGCUACCAAACAUCUACCAGAUUCCUCUCAAAACCAUCCUCUGCGCCGUUUGACUUCGCCAGCGACCCAGCCAACCAACAGAAUCAUGAAAAAAAAUGAUGGAUCAUCAUAUCCGGAAUCAAAACCCGUUGAUCUAUUGCACCAAUUCGAACACAUACUCGAGGCUGACCCUCUUAUUGAUGAAGUGGGUUUUAUACAUCCGUCCCAAUUUGCAAAGCUAACCGAAGAGGCGGGCGAUGCUACUGAUAUUCCCUCUUCAGAAUGUCCAAGCUUCUGGAACAGAGAUCACAAGUUCGGUGUCUCGACGCUGGUUCUUCUUCCGUUGUACAAUGCGGCUAAGCUUGCGUUUAUGGCCGCAAUAGGAGAGUAUAAGAGACUCGGUCCCGAUGUCGUCGUAUCUGAUGACGGACUGGAGAGUGAAGUGAUGAAGCAUAGUAGGGCCCUCUUAUUGCUCAGCCCCGAUUUCGGCACUGCCUGGAAUUCCAGGAAGCUAAUAGUGUCUAAGAAGCAGGACCUCUCAAUAUUUAUGGAUGAACUUCUGUUGUCAGAACUUGUUCUUUCUUAUUCACCCAAAAGUGAUCAUGCUUGGAGCCAUAGGCGUUGGGUGAUCAAGUCAGUCACUGGAAAGUGCUCAACUCUACAAGAGAUUUUGAGGAAAGAAUCUGAGCUGGUGGAAAAAAUAGCUGAGAGAUCAAAAAUGAACUACCGUGCAUGGAAUCACCGAUGCUGGCUUGUUUCCUACAUGACCAGAGAACGGGUGCUGCAUGAGCUAAAGAAAUCCAAAAAUUGGGCGGGGUUGCACGUUGCUGAUAAUUGUUGCUUUCAUUAUCGCAGACGGCUAAUGCUCAGAAUUUUUGAGGACUCAUCCUGCAAACAAGAAAAUGCAUCUGCUGGUUAUGCAAUUGAAAUUUAUGAACUAUGGAAGGAGGAGCUCCAUUGGAAUGAAACAUUGAUAAAGCAUUACAUAGGAAGAGAGGCAUUAUGGCUUCAUCGCCGCUUCCUUUCUUUGUGUUGGAUGAAGCAGUUUGUCACUCAUGUCAACGAUGUAUCCUGCAAUAAUGAGCAAAAAAUCAGCAUCAGUAAUGACUUUGGUUUCUUUAUCGGUAAUGAGUUGCAACUCCACCACUCCUGCUCGAGCGUUCCAAAUAAUGACUUCGAGGAUUUCAAAGCACAAGCCACAUUUUCUGCUAGUUACAUGUUAUGGUUGACAAAGCAAAGCUCUGAGUUUUUGUCUCAACACCAAGAGAAGCUUACGGCAGGAAAUCUGAAGACACUGCUAAGUAAGGUCUGCCCGGAAAGGUCAUCCCUUUGGGAUUCUUUGAUGGAAACGUCUGACCAAUUUGGGAAAAAGUAAACCUUUCAUAUCUUAUUUUGUCCCCCCCUUUUUUAUAUGGAUUAUUUUCCUCCAAUAGUACUGUAAACGAGAAAAUUAUGUGCUCCAUGGCCCAAUCGUGUGGUAACACAUACUUCCAGUUGCGGUCUAUAUUAAGAGUAAUUCUACAUACAACCGUGAAGUGCGUAACCGUCGCGUAAUCGCUUUGAA